AUGCUUCGAAGUAUAUUCCCCAAGCGCUGUUUUUGUGCAGCCGCUACAUUGUCUUCUCCACGGCCAUGGCUUUUGGUGGGUUUGGGCAAUCCAGGGGAUAAAUUUGUGGGUCUGGUCAAUGGUGUUCCAGUUUUCUUGGCAAAGCCUCAGACUUACAUGAAUUUGAGUGGUCAAUCUAUUGGUCCCCUUGCGGCUUAUUAUAAGCUUCCUCUUAAUAGAGUGCUAGUGGUUCAUGAUGACAUGGAUUUACCUUGUGGAGUUCUUCGUCUUAAUCCUUUGGGAAAUCACGGAAGUCACAACGGGCUUAAAAGUGUGAUCCAUCAUUUUCGGGGGAAUAGAGAAUUUCCUAGGCUAAGAAUUGGUAUAGGGAGGCCGGCUGGUCAAAUGGAUCCGAAAGCAUUUUUACUCCAAAAGUUCAAUGCCAGUGCUCGAGAGCGGAUUGAUGGUGCAUUGGUAGAAGGUGUUGAUGCUCUUGAACAGCUUUUGUCAAAAGGCUUGACAGAAGCUUCUAGAUACUUUAACAGGGAUCAGAAGUACAAACACAUUAGGCUGCAGACAAUGCCCGUCUGACUUAAUAAUCUAAAGAACUACAUUUCCUUUUUGUUGAUGAUUUCCGUAUGGAUCAAUUGAGAGACAUGCACCAGUGAAGGAGUCUUCUUUUUUCAUUGUUUUCCCUUGCUUAAUUUUGAAAAUUCAUAUUAUUAGUUUGUUAAACUUGAUUAGCAUUUUACCCUAGUUUGAAAAUCCCUCAAGUUAAAUGUGAAGGGCAGCUUUAGGCUGUUAAUCGUCCUUAGCUCAUCUCUAGUCUUGGGGCUGUUAGUGUAAUUACCUUUAGAGAACAAAAUUGUUUGAGAAAUUUCAUGGCAGCUCCAUUUUUUCUGUUUUAGGAUAUCCCUUGGAGCAUUAGUACAGCAAUCGGCAGUUGAGGUUCUUCAAUU